AUGCCCCGGAAAAAUGCGGUUGUAGGUGCAACAAUGCUUGGCAUGGGGAUUUACUAUCAUAUUGCUCAUACAGAUUAUGCGGUUUUAACUAGCGAGUCUUACUUUAUUGGUGUUAACUUAUUGAUUGCAGGCGGCACUCUUUUAUUUGCUGCCGGAUUCUUGGGUUGUUUCAGUGCUCUAUGCGAUAAUCAAGCCCUUUUAGUUGGAUUUAUUUUGGCUCUGAUUCUUUUGCUUGGCUUAGAAAUUGGUACUGCUAUUUAUGGCUAUGUUGGAACUCCAACUUUGGAAGGAAUUGCAAAGAAACAUAUGACACAGGACGUUGAAACUAAAUUUAGAACCAAUGUAAAGGUCCAGAAGGCCAUGAAUAACUUACAAAAGACCCGAAAAUGCUGUGGUGUUGACACCUAUAAAGAUUACGCUAAAUCAUCUUGGGCUUUGGCUAAAUUUAACAAUUCAGAAAGUGAUCUGAAAGGUAACUUUCCUGUACCCGAUUCUUGCUGUAAUACAAGCAUUGUUGGCGAAGAUCUCCCGCGAUGCCAAAAAGAAUACGCUAAUGGCAAGAACGUCUCAUAUAUUUAUGCAGAUGGUUGCUAUCCACGUUAUCGAGAUGAUAUCGUGCAGUAUAUGUUCUCUUUAGGUGCUGUUGGUGUUUCAAUGACGCUUUUGCAGAUCAUGGGCAUCAUGCUAUCAUUCAUAUUGUGCUGCAGUUUGAACGGAUCACAAGGAUAUGGCCCACUACCACUCAAGAGAGAUCCAUAUGAUUAUUAG